GGCGGGAGUAUGGGGCUCGGAAAGUAGACACCUGUACUUCGUAGUACGGGACAGCCGGACGGAUCGCUUUUAUUACAAUAAGUUCCCUCGCCAAUUCAAAAAUGGAGAAGAUCAAUUCAAACAGAAGAAAAACUGGUCCCUCCAGAGCCACAGCUACAAGAGUGAUCGCGUUACUGCUUGUAAUGUGCCUAGCUGAAAGUGCAACAGAGCAGAGAAUUAACAGUAGAGGCACCAAGUCCUCUGAUAUUGUUGAGAAAGUCAACGGGUGGCGUAGUCAACGUGGAGGCUCGUGUCUAAGCUACGGACACUCGUGUUGGGGAGCUCACGGCAAACGGUCAGGCAGGCCGCCAGUCAGCGCUUCAGACUGGUACCUCACAAGAAUGCUUCGGCGUAUUGCUUCUAAUACAGAAUUGACACGACCUCGGCAAUUGAAUUUGAGGAAUGAUGAUAUCAACGCCAUCUAUCAGGUGGAUGUGCCCAACGACUCAACCGCUUCGGACAAACUCAAAGCCGACAACGAGAACAUUAUCCUAGAUUCCACCAUUAGCAGGAAUCUCGAAGCGAAACCAAUGUUAGAUGAUGAACUACUGGCGAAAAUCAAAAUCUGGCAAAUGAUGAGAGAUGCAACAGUGAACAAAUGAAUAGGAAAAUAAACAAUCACAUGGACUGACGUUAUUUUUCAAGCUUCAGUUUAAAAAUGUUAAUUUGUAUUAGAAUUUAUUUUAAAUUGUUAACUUAGUUUAUAAAAUUCUAAUACUAACAAUGUUUACUUAAUAUCGUCAAUUGUAAGGCUGGGUUACAAUUGGCCAUAACUUGUAAAAUAUAGAAUAUAGGAUAAUAUGUGCCAUUCUAUGUUAAUAAAACUAAUAUAUUGUAACUUUCACACUAUUUCACUUUGAUGUUGAUAAUACUAAUUUAUUUUGUAAUUUAGUUUAUAUAAUUUGUCAUUAUUUUAUGAUAAAUAAUAUUUUAAUAACAAAUUAAAUAGUUUAUUAAUUUUAUAAACAGUAUCAAUAAUGUUAUUCAACGAAGAUACCAUUUUUAUUUCUUCUUCAAGAGCCUCCUGAUUAUUGGAGGUCGAACAUUAGCUUCGCAAAUUCCUUUCAUUAAUUUGCCAUUCCAAAUUUAAUAUACAUUUAAUAUUGCAUUUAAUUAAAAAUUAUUAUUUCAAUUAAUUAAUAAUUAAAAUAUAAUAUAAAUGUAUAAUUUAGUUUAAUUUAGUAACACUAAAUUAUUAUUCGUAAUUACGUGACGAGCACGUGACUAUUGCGUAACGUCACAAUGAUUAGUCAAAUGUAAAACUAGAUAAAAACAUGUAUACGGUAAUGAAAAUAAAUGCUUUAGACGAAUACACAUUGUUUUCUAUAAAAAAAAAAAAAGAAAAUGUUAUUUACGUGUAAAAUCGCGAAUAUUGUUUGUUGAAUGUAAUUAUAUAAAAUGAAACUGAGAAAUAUAUGGCAGAUUUAUCGUGGCGUAUUUAUUUAUAU